ACACACAAAUUUUGGUGGUUCUUUCGACCGCAGCACUACAAAAACCUAAUCUCGAUUUCUGGAGUUAAUCUGUUCUCUUGGUGUUAAAAAUUUUGGAAUAUUUUAGAAUUUUGAGUUGAAGAGUUAAAAGAGAUGAACGGCGGAAGAAGGAAUCUGAAACAAGCGGCUUCAAUGAAGGAUUUCAAGCUUGAGCAAUGUCAGAGUAUUGCACAGAUCGUCUCUCACAGAGGUUCCAAUCAAAUUGAGAUAAUGGAUGCAAAGGAUGACAACUCUUCAUUAGCAUUAUACAAACUGAGGAAAAGAAGAUCAAAUGGAGCUUGUAAUUUCCUGAUUAUGGGCUUUUUGUUCGGUCUAGCCGUCAACCAACAAAAGAGAAGAAGAAGAAGAAUAGGAAUAAGAAGAGAAACAGCAAGAGAUAUGUCCACGAUGAUUCCUCUGGAUCUCCUGAUUGAAAUUCUUAUCAGGUUGCCACUAAAGUCCCUGAUGAGGUUCAAGUUCGUCUCGAAGCAGUGGUCAUCCCUCAUCUCUUGUCGUUAUUUUUGUGACCGUUUAUUUACGGUCACACGACAACAACAACAACAACAACAACAACAACAACGUCGUCUAUACAUGUGUUUGGUGGGUGAAGGCGGCAGGAAACGUAUACUGCUUUCAAUAUCAUCAACGUCUCCAGACAACACUUGUUUUGUGGUCGACCAAGAUUUGAGCAUCUCAGGUAUGGGAGGCUUCUUCUUGAACAGCCUCCACGGCUUGAUGUGUUUUACAGUAAGGAAAAAUGCGUGUAUCUAUAAUCCCAGCACCGGACAAUGCUUGACCUUACCCGCCAUCAAAUCUGACAUCAUAGCUGAACAAGGUCAAUGGCAGCAUGAUAACAAGUACUCUAUCGGACACGAUCCUGUUAGUGGUCAUCACAAAAUUUUCUGCACAAUUGCUAUAUCCUCAGACUAUUUGAAAAAUCUCAAGUCAGAGCAUUGGGUGUUCGUACUGGAAGCUGGAGGUUCAUGGAAAAAGGUUGUUCCGCCAGAGAAUUAUCGUCCUCAUGUCCCUUUUGCACUAGGACGGUCACUUAGUGGAUCAGUAGUACAUUAUAUUGGGUGGCAUGAUAUGUACACUUGCGUAAUCGUGAGUUUCGACAUUACAACUGAAGAGUUGACUACCAUCCUAGUACCUGAGGAUGUCUUGUCAUCAGAUCAUAAUGUGGCUGUGCCUGGAAUAGAGUGGAAGGCAAAUCUUAUAGAAUAUGGUGGGAAAAUAGCUAUUUUCGAGCAUAGCUACCUCAAAGACGGGGGUGUGGCGACCUUGUGGGUAUUGGAAGACGUUAAGGAAAAGGAAUGGUCUAACCAGACUCUGUCUUUGCAGCCUUGUCAAAUGCAUUUAGUCCAAGACACUGAAGUGGUUGUCAAAGGCACAACUCCAGACGGCAAGGUAAUCUUGGCACCCUAUGAGAUGUGUUGUCGAUUCUACAUUCUGUGUUACGAUUUGCAAAGCAAUGACUUGAGAAAGGUCGAAAUCAAAGGAGUACCACACUUUUGGUUUGACAAAGAGUGCUAUGCUGACUUGAGGUUUAUGGAUGAGAGUGAGAGCUUCAUCUACUUUGGAAACUUGACCACUACUUUUUGACUUUGUUUGACUUGUUGAUACUGUUGAGUUUAAUAAAUUAAAUAAAUGUUUCUCAAAACGAGCUACUUCCCUUCAUACUAAAGAAAUGCUUUGCUUCGCGCAGUCACAUAUUAAGGAGUGUGGAAUAUUUUCUG